AUGCGUCCCGGACUACGUAGCAGAGCUGGCGGUCCGCCAGUUGGUGGCCAGGUCUCUGACGCUGGACUUGCCGUUCCCAGGGAGAGAUCGAGCUCCGUACAGGAAUCAGUGGCAGGUUACUCACUAGGAGAGGCGCCAUGUACACCGCGCAAAACCCAGACUCCCCGUCGUUCAAGGGCUAAGAGGGUUCGGUUCUCGGAUCCCGGCUACCAUGUUGAUGAACUGGAGAAUACCCAAGAACAAAACGGUUUAUCAACCGGAUUAACUCCAAUAGUAUCACGAACUAGGAUAUAUGCCAGUCAGACAGGUGAUGCUGCAGGGCGGACAUCACACAGUAAUGGAAGCCGUCGGGACACGCGUCUGCGCCAUUCAGACCCAGCCGUCUAUUCCCAGCUUCGGCAGACACAGGCAGAGAAGGCAAUGUCAACUCCCGACUCCAAUAUUUUCCGGUAUUUACGUUUUCAUGAUAUUCUUGACCCCCGGUCAAAAAGACGGAUACAACGACUCGGCUUCAGCGAGGCAAUGAACGAAAUUGACAAGAGGCGACGGGAGGAGAAAAGGCUCCAAAGGCUAAAGGACGAGCAGAUGAGACAACUGCAAGAAGAGAUUGAGUCUCUGCGGAACCAAAGGAUGGAAAUCGACGGCCAAUAUUCCAAUACCCAGGACAGCACAUGCAAGACGCCGAAUAGGAGUGACAGACAGAACUCUCAUCCCAUCGAAGAUUCGUUGUUGACUCCUUGCCCAAACAUGAGUAAAGAUGUUGCUGACAUGCUUGACGGCGAUAUGAUGGACGAGGAUUAUAGCGCAUCAAACAGCCCUCUUUGGACGCCUAUCGCUAGCAGCACACCUUGCUCAACAUUUAGACCUGCCGUACAAUCAAUGACUGCUUCUGGCUCAAACACACAAUUUCAGAUCGAUCAGCUCACUCGCGAACUCGACAACAAAAAUAGAGAUCAGCUAUACCUGUUCGAGGAAUGGCAAAGACUCGCAGGAUCUUUAAAUGGUGCUACCCAGGAUAGCGACGGAGAGGAGCCUAGUGCUUUGCCGCCACCUGAUCUGGCGAAACAGGUUAUUACAACGUUGCAAGAUGCCACUACCAGGGCUUCAGAAGCGGUCCAGAAUGUGAAAGAUCUGCAAGACGAACUCUCUAGCCAUGGUUUUGAUGGAGACAGCGCGACAGAGAUUAUUGCCAAUAUCGAAGCUGGUUUUCGGCAUGCAAGGAUGGAACUUGAGAGGCUGAUCCCGGGAGAAACAGCAAACGCUAGCUUAUCAAAUUGGAAGGCCAUCAUCGACGCUUUGGUAGAUCGAAUCCAUCGCUUAGUACAUGGGCUAAAACAGGCCAGAGAUCAAAUUAAGAGCGGUGAAGAUCGUGAAAGGGCAUUGCGAAAACAGUUCGAUGCAACUCUAGUUCGGUUAGAGCAAGAAUCAAAGGAAAAUAGUAAAUUGGGAAGAUACGUUGAAUCAAUUGCUGAGGAUACGUUGAACAUGCGCAUGAAGCUCCAGAGUAUGGAGAGAGACAUGAAAGAACAAGAAAUGGAUAAAUCCCGACUGCAAGAUGCCUUGAGCAAGUAUAGGGAAGACUUGCUCAUGCUUGAGAGACUGAAUUCAAAACUGGAGGAUGAGGUAGCUACCUCAAACAAGAAGGCGGAGAAAUUGACAGCAUUAAACGUUCGAAUGAGGGAUGCAGGGAACCUCUCCAAGGCAAGGAUAUAUGAGCUUGAAAGUCGUCUUCAGAGAGAGAAAGAAAUGACCGAAUCUAUCGAAUCGUCUCUUCACCAGCGCGAUCUAAAAGUCAUGGAGCUCAAUAAAAAGAUGAAGCUUCUUGAAACGGAGAAAGAACAGGUUACCGCUGCUCUAGAGAAAGCCGUUAAAGAGCGCUCAGCCGAGCACGAAAAAGAAGUCGGCGGACUUAACGUUCGACUAUCCGUUAUUUCAACCUCGCUUAGCGAGAUGAAGGCCGAAAACGCUACGUUGCAGUUAGAGAAGUCUCGAUUAGAGAAACGUCUCAAAAACAUGGAACGUAUAUCCUGGAACGCAAUCCGGCAAACCCAGCAGAAGCAGAAUGAGGCUAUGAAGGCUAUUGCUGAUUGGCAGCAAGGAAUCCAACUGUUAGGACAGGAUAACGCUCCGGCAAGCCAUUGUGGCAGCGCCAUGGCCAGUUUAAGGCACUCCUUCAACGGUUUUGGAAGCGAGCCCAUAACACCAAAAACCGUGAGCAGAUUUAGGAAUGUGGAGAUUGGGAGAGGGAAGAAACGCAGACGGUGCCCAGACAGCGGCGUCUCUGUAGUGGGCGAGGAAGAAGGAUGGUCUGAGUCUGAUUCACUCCCUUCAAGCGCAUGCAAGCCUGCAACAGCAUUGCCAACUAUUUCUCCAAUCUCUCCGCGAGCGUGA